UUCUGAAUUUCAUUUAACAAAGUGGUGCGCGCAGGCCAGCACCGGGGGCGCUGAGAACUUGAAACAAACAUAAUACUUAGUAACCGAUUGUGAUAGCUGUUAAAAAUAGAAUUCCGGACAAAGUCUGAAAUUCAAAUUCACAAAAUUCCCCUCUCCACCUUCAAUAACUGACGAGGACACGCGGAAGCGGCUAAAAGGCCAAACUUAUUUCCGUUAAGCGAAAGUCAAUUUAUUGUAUGAGUCAAAAAAUAGAAAGACCAGUGCUAUCGGGUCAACGCAUCAAGACCAGAAAAAGAGAUGAAAGAGAAAAAUAUGACCCAACGGGAUUCCGUGAUGCGGUCAUUGCUGGUCUCGAAAAAACUGAUGGCGACUUGGAACAAAUCUCUAAAUAUCUAGACAUCGCGGGUAACAAGCUCGACUAUCGUCGCUACGGUGAAGUUCUCUUCGAUAUAUUGAUUGCGGGUGGUUUAUUAGUGCCUGGUGGUUCCAUUUGUCAGGAUGGCGAAAAGCCGCGCACAAAUUACUGCAUCUUUGAUGCCCCCGAGAGCAUGGAAUCCAUGCGCAACCAUGAGCAGGUAUUUGUUAAGCUCAUCAGACGGUACAAGUACCUUGAGAAAAUGUUCGAAGAGGAGAUGGGUAAAGUUCUAUUAUUCGUAAAGGGCUUUACUCCAAGUGAACGCAUCAAGCUUGCGCGUAUGACUGCGCUGUGGUUAGUUAAUGGCUCUGUACCGCCAAAUGUGUUAUUGGUACUAAACAACGAGCACCUGAUCAAGGAUGGCAUUGCACUGGAGUUUCUACUGGAGCUAUUUCAGACGUUCAAGCAAGAGAAGGGCAUUGCAUAUCUGAUUCAGGCGCUUAAGAAGGGUGGACUGGAAAGCAAACUUAUGGACUUUUUCCCACCAAACAAACGUACUGAGGAAUAUUUUAAACAAGUUUUUCUUGACAAGGAACUCAAUGAGAUCAUCAAGCUGCACAAGGCCCAGGCUAGCCAGGAGGCUAAGCGCGAGCUGCAGCAGACCCUCAUCGAUGAUAUCAACGAUGAGAAGGCACACAAUGAGAUAACCGCUGACAUUAAAGAGUUUUCGGCACGCAACAACAUUCCCGAUCAUGAGAUAAUUGUUAUUAUUUGGUCUACCAUCAUGUCGUUGGGCGAAUGGAACAAGAAGGAGGAGCUGGUCACCGAUCAGGCUGUUCGUCACUUAAAGACAUACUGCACUUUGUUGCAGGCAUUCGCCUCAACCGACCGCUCGGAAUUGGCCCUGAUCCUGAAGGUGCAAGAGUUCUGCUAUGAGAACAUGAACUUUAUGAAGGCCUUCCAGAAGAUCAUAUUGUUGUUCUACAAAACAGAGGUCCUCUCCGAGGAAAUCAUCUUGCGCUGGUACAAGGUUGGUCAUUCCAACAAAGGCAAAAUGCAUUUCCUCGAACAAAUGCGCAAGUUUGUCGAAUGGCUGCAGUCAGCCGAAGAAGAAUCCGAAUCUGAGGACGAACAAAAGAAUGGCGAUUAACACAUUUUUGGUUAACGAAAAAGAGCAUGGCUAGAAGGAACAACACAAACGGAGCCGCCUGUCCCAAAUCCAAACCAACAAACCCAAAUCCACACACCAGACACACACACACCACAGUGCUCUCCAUAGAUUUGCAUAGAUAGUCUCCCCAAGUCUUCCUCCACCCAAGUCAAUGGCGAAGAGAGAGAGAACUUCUAAACUAUUGUUCAACAAAACUCACCCUCAAUCCUCAAUCGUUCUCGAUUUGUGAAUGCAAUAUAUUUCUUAACUAUACAAACCGGUUAUCCACAUUGUGUUAAUAAAGGUUUAAAGAUUUACAAUUAUGUACCAAAAAAUAUCACCACACACAGGAGAGGCAUCUCGAACAAGAAAUCAGCAAGAAUUGCACGCACUGUAAUCUAUCAAACUGGAGAUCAAGAUAAUAUGUAUGUACCAGGGGAGCAUAGCAUACAAGAUACAUAUAUUCCUUAUGUUGUAAAAUGAGCUGCAGGCCCGUUUGUAUGUUCGCAUUAUUUAUUUAAAAAUCUACCCCCGGCACAUAUGCAUAUAUAUUAAAAAGAAAAGAAAAAAUUUAUUAAUAUUCAUCUACGAGAGCGCGGCGCCAAGCCAGUAUGGAAUUUGACGAGGUUAUCUUCGAAAUAAAGAUUUGGAAAAGAUGAUUAAAUAUAUGACUGGCAUGCAAGGCCACCACCAGUUUCAACGCAAAUUAUUAUGUGAACAGAGCGUAUGGAAUUACGAAUAUUUUAAUUGCAUGAAAUUGUAUGUAUACAACAAAUAAAUGAAAUACAACAAA